ACUUUAAAGAAAAGAAACCAAUAGCCAACAUAAUAAUCAAUCACAAUCAAGGAAAGUUCAGAGCUUUCGAUGUCCUAUUAGGCUCUUGUUUCCUGCGACUUCUGUCUACUUCUUUGCCUCUUAUACACACUUCGUUUGAUUUUCCUUAUCUCUUUUUCUCGGAAAAUCCGUCUUCUUUCCAAGAAAUUUUAUGGGGAGGACUGGGUUGUUUGAUCUUGAAAGGCACUUCGCCUUCUACGGCGCAUACCACAGCAACCCAGUUAACAUUUUGAUACACACUGUGUUUGUGUGGCCGAUAUUGUUCACCUCUCUGGUUCUUUUGUACUUCACACCUUCUCUGUACACUUUCCCAGCUGGGCUCAGUCAUGGUUUUCUGUUGAAUUUUGGGUUUGUUUUCACUGUGAUCUAUGCCUUGUUUUAUGUCUGCUUGGAUAAGAAAGCUGGGUCUUUGGCUGCUUUGCUCUGUGUUCUCUGUUGGGUUGGAGCCAGUUUGCUUGCUGGUCGCCUUGGAUUUUCUUUGGCAUGGAAGGUUGUGCUGGCUGCUCAGUUGUUCUGUUGGACUGGACAGUUCAUAGGCCAUGGGGUGUUUGAGAAACGAGCACCAGCUCUUUUGGACAACCUCGUUCAAGCAUUUCUAAUGGCGCCUUUCUUCGUGCUGCUUGAGGUUCUUCAAACAGCGUUCGGCUAUGAACCUUAUCCUGGGUUUCAUGCAAGUGUGAAAGAAAAGAUAGACGCCAACCUCAAAGAGUGGUGCGAGAAGAAACAGAAGAAAAUCUCUUAGUGUAGAUCAGCCACAUGAGACUGUACUAGUGUAGUUUAGCCUCCUGUAAAGAAUGAGAUGAAUGUACUGGUCUGUAUCCAUAUCUAUCAAGUACACAAACUUUGGAUGGAAAUCUAUAAAUAAAAUUUCCAGACUUGAGCUGGAACUGAGCAA